AUGGACAUGAAAGGUGUGCAACAGUCUUUCCAAGAAACAGAUUUCGAUGGUCCGGAAGUGAAGAAUAUCGAACAUCCAUUGAAGGCUCGUAAGGGGAGAAAUCACAUGGCAGACCAACGAAGUCGAAGGAGGAGAAGACGUCCCAAAUUUAAUAUGAUGAAAGAGUUGAAUUUUGAAGGCAGUAACUAUAUCACAAUUACAUCCAUGGAAUACAUCAAUAGCAAAUACGGCCUCAAGAAAAGUCAAUACAUAGAAAAAUUUAUUAGAUGUAUCCACAAGAAAAUUAAUUAUGAUGUUAGCAAAAUUAGUGAUCAUUUUGUUGAAAAUUUGAGCCCAUGGAUGAAAGUAAAGCUUUUUCUAUUGUUGGUAACGUUAUCCGAACGAGGUGGCCCAGACUAUUGGUCUGAUAAAAAAGAGGAUGAUGUUAAUACUGCCGCCAAGGAUAAAUCACCAUCAUCUAUCUUACAGGAUUCCUUGCCCAAAGCUGAAGAUAAAUCUGACAAGAUAUCAGAUAUUAUCUCUAAUUUGAAAAGUGAGGCUGAUAAAACCAAUAAAGAAAAUAGAGUGUUCACAUUAAAUGAACUGAUAAUGAAGCAAAAUAUUAAUCAAGAUUUUAAUGAAAUAACCUAUGAUGAAAAUUACGUUUUUUCAUCAAUUUGGGCUAACUUUAUGGAGGGAUUGAUAAACCAUUAUUUGGAGAGAGUGAUAGUUCCGAAUUCAGAACUAAAAGUUUGCCAACAAUUAUACAAGCCUAUGAUGAAAAUCAUAUCGUUAUACAAUGAAUAUAAUGAGCUAAUGGAAAAAAGUGAAAAAAAUGGUUUUCUACCGUCACCAUCAGAUAAUAAAAACGAUACAGAAGAAAAAAUGUCACCUGCUAUAACCGAUUCAGAGCAUGAUGAUAUUGUUGCUCGAGAACGAUUACAAAGAGCACAGAAUUUAUUGUGGCAAGCUCGUGAAGAUAUUCCAAAAACAAUCAGCAAAGAAUUGACUUUGUUGUCUGAGAUGUACUCAACAUUAUCAGCAGAUGAGCAAGAUUAUGAACUGGAUGAAUUUGUUUGUUGUGCAGAAGAAUACAUAGAAUUGAAAUUUUUACCCAGUCUUAUUAGUUUAUUGUUUUCAAAUUGUGGAUCUACAAACUUUUGGAAGAUUAUGCUCGUCCUCGAACCUUUUUUCUACUAUAUAGAAGAUAUUAAUGAUGAGGAUGAAGAUGGUCCCAGUGAUAAUGAAACAGACUAUUGUCCUAAGGAUGAUGGUGAGACUAAUGAGCUUAAUGAAAAAGCACAACUUAAACCUGAUCCAAGAGUAAUUACUCUUGAGAAGAUAUGUGAAGUGGCGGCGAAACAAAAAUGGAUUUAG